AUGUUUCAGCAGAUGGAGUGGGAUUCCUCAGAUGACGCUUGUGGAGCUUUCAUGGACAAUCCCUCUCACUUAUCUGAAUCUCUGCAGCCGAAGACCUCCACCACCAGCCUCUCAGAACAUGAAUUCUUGUGCCACUGUUGCUACGACAUAUUAGUAAACCCAACCACCUUGACCUGCGGCCAUAACUUUUGCCGCCACUGUCUGGCUCUGUGGUGGGAGUCCUCUCAUAAGAAUGAGUGCCCAGAGUGGGAGAGGUGGGAAGGCUUUCCUAAAAUCAACAUCCUGCUGAGGGAUGCAACUGACAAGCUGUUCACUGAGGUGGUUCAGCGGAGGAGAGCAGAGAUCCAGGCUGACUCCAAAGUCUCCCGGAGCUUGCUGGCCUUCCAGAGGUAUGGUGACAACUUGGGUAGAUCCAGAACAAACCAGCACAAAGGAGCAGGCUUCUUCUUUUCUGGAGUCCUGACUGCGCUCUCAUGUGUAGCUGUGAUGGUGCUGGUGUAUCAUUGGAGCAGUGGUAUAGUGGAGCAGCAUGAUAUGUUGAUCAGUAAACCUGUGUCUCACUGGACACCAGAGGAUGUCGUGUCCUGGCUGGAGCUCUUGGGGCCCUGGGCCCAGCUAUACCGGGAACCCUUCCAGCAAGAGAACGUCAAUGGGAGGCUCCUGUUGAUGCUGGGAGACGAAGAAUUGUUAAAACCUCCUUACAGCAUCGAGAACCAGGCUCACCGACGGGCUGUUCUGGCUGAACUGGACAGAGUUAAAGCCCUGGGGGUCAAACCUCCACAGAACCUCUGGGAAUACAAGGCUACCAAUGCAGGGAAGUCACUGUUCUUGCUCUACGCACUGAAACGCUCCCCUCGUCUCACACUCUUCUACUUGUAUUUGUUCGACUACUCGGAAACCUUCCUGCCCUUCCUGCACACCUGUUGUCCAGCCAUCACACAAAUCGGCCAGUCAAUGGAGAGCAGCUUCCUUAACGCACAGCUGGAGCCCAGUUGGCGACAGUGGGCAGAGUUUCUUGUGAAGUACCUCCUGCUUCCAUACCAGCUCAUAGCAGAGUUUGCUUGGGACUGGCUGGCCGUCCACUACUGGACAUCUCGCUUCAUUAUUGUAAACGCCAUGCUGCUGUCUGUGCUGGAAGGCUGCGCCCUGUGGAGACUCUGGACAAGAGCCAGUAUCAGGUCUCUGCCACGCAAGAUGUGGAACCACUUGUGGAAGAUGUUAUCUCAGGGGUUUGCCUUUGCCCUCCUGUGGCCUUUUGUCCCUCAGUUUGUGUGCAACUGCCUCUUCUACUGGGCUCUCUACUUCAGUCCCAUCAUUAACAUAGACCUGGUGGUGCAGCAGCUAAUGCACCCAGAAACACAGGCGCUGUAACACACUGCAUGCAGUCAGUGCCCAACUAAUCCCGUACAGUUCACAGCAAAUAAAACAGCCAGAACUCCAGUAGUUGAAGAGAGCUGUUUGUUUUCAGCAGUUUACUCACAUUAGAGUGGCUUAUGUGCUGUUGGAGGGGAAGUUUUUCCGCUUCCAGUCUUGUGUCUCUGCUGGAUGGUUGCCAUGCAGAACAUGAGAGCCAUUGAACUGCUGUAGGAGACACAAAACCAACAAGACGAGGAGCAGUGAAGUAUCCGUGAUGUAACUGAUUAGGAAAGAUUACCGCAGGGAUCUCUCUCUGCGUGCACAGUGCAUUCACAAACCACAUUGCCUACAUGGUGAAGAAGGCAGUUAUGCAAAUAGAAAGUCAUGUUCAGACACUGCUGGUAGUGAAGACUCGCCUCAUGAGGAACUUUCUGAUGGCUUUGUAGUACUUAGAUUGCUUUGGUCCGAUUGAAGGUGAACGUUUUUAUGCACAAACAGAGUGAAGGUGGAUAAAUUCAUUUUUCACUUCUUUUAUUAAGUGUCUUUAUGGCAUGGUAUCCACAGCCAAUUAAACGAACAACUCCUGCUUUAAAAUUAUUGGUUUUAAUAAGCAGUAUUGUAGGUGUAUAUAAAUCCUUAUUCUGCAUGAAUUUCAGUGCAUUCUUUAUAUCUUCAGUGCCGUUCUGGCGUUGACUGCGAUCUUGGCGCCACAGAGCUGUCUGAAAAUCCAAUCUACGAGGUUUAGUAACAUGAUUGUGAAAUGUGUCAAAUGUUGAGGUUUGUGUUUCUGCAGCCUGAUGGGAACCUCAGGCUUUUCAGUUGAUUCAAAGGAAAACAAAACCGCAGUCUUUGUGAACAAACAAUGAAGAUUGUUCCAGGAAUUCCAGGCAUUCAUUUCAUGUGGCACUUAGAUUUGAAAUAAAACACGUUCUUAAAAAAAAUAAAUAAAUAAAAAAUUGAGAUGCAGACAAAACAUCUUUUUUAAUUAUUAUGAUUUCAAGGAGAAAGCGUUUGUGGCAGAUUUUAUUUGCUGGUAUUGCUGACAAAUAUUGUGUUGCACAUUUUUCUCAUUCCUCAAAAACGAUGUUCUCAGUAUGCGUUUCCAUGUGACAGGUGGUUAGAGCUAAUCGAAGACUUUUUAUUUUUUACAUUGUUCAUUUGCACUUAAAAGUUUACACUGUGAUUUUGUUUUUCAAUGUUCUAUAAUGACAAAGAAAAAAAAUAAAGAUUUUUUAAUAAUA